GUCAUGACGUCACCAGCACCGCGACUCGGCGGCAGGCGUGUUUUCAGAGUAGAGCAGAAUCGAGCGAAAGAGACUAUGUAGAGUACACUCUUGAGUGGGCUUAAGGUAUUUACAACCGUGUCAGUGUGGAUUUGAGAUGAAACAGCGCUGAAAGACUCAAAGUGUCCUCCGUUGGAGCUUCGCGGGUGAUCGUGAUGGAGAAGUGUCUGUGGUGCACCACCUCCCUGGAGGCGGAGGGUGAUGCAGCGAUAGUCGCCAUGCUGCGUCGCUACAGCUCAGGACGUCUGUCUGAGAGAGAGAUGGACUCUCUGAACGAAGACCUCGGCUGCUGUCUGGAGUGUGUGGUGGAGUACCAUCGAGCCAGAGACAAGGUCCCUCAUCUGCACAAGCGUUUGUGGGAAAUGGAGAAGGCUCGACUCGUGCGUUUGUUGGGAACCAUCCUGGACAAGGAGCUGGAGGAGGACGAUAUCUUUAUUAUCGAAGAUGAUCGCGUGGAGCCGGUGACGAAGAUCUUGCCUGCAGAAUUUCACGACCGUCUCCGUUCUCCUCUGUUUGAAGUUCUGAAGUAUCCGUACUUACUUUGCUACCGUGAUCUGUGUGAUUUGGUGGUAAAGGCCUUGUGUAAGUUGCAGGAUAUGAAGCAGUCUUUGACUGUGUUUGAGAAGUAUCAAGGAAUAUAUCUGUUUCUCGUUCAUCCCAACGAGCAGGUGCGCCGCUGGGCAAUCGAUACAGCAAAGACCAUGAAGAGUGUGGAUAGGGACUCCUACUAUGACCUUCAAGAGAUUUUCUCCUGCAUGUUCAAUGUCAUCGAACCUGGAAUAUCUUUGGACUUUCCAGAUGUGGAUCAAGAGUCUUAUUCAAGGGGCACCAUAAAAACGCUCCCCUCUCACCUCUAUGACUCGCAAAACAAGAAGAACUGCUGGCUAGGUAUCUGUAUGUUACUAACGCAGCUCAGCGCGGAGGCAAUGGACUCUCUGUUCAUGGGACAGUUUAACAUCCCGCUUUGCAUACUCCGCACAAUGGAUGGGUUGAAAAAUGAGGAUAACCCAGCUUCUGACCCAUUCUGGCCAGCCCUCCACUGUUUUAUGGUAAUUCUGGACCGACUUGGUUCUAAGAUCUGGGGUCAGGUUGACCCUAAUACAGCGUUCCAGACAAUCACCGGAGCUGCCAGCUAUGUUGCGGAAAUUAGAAACAUCCGGCAAAAGACCAUGGGCGGUAUGUUUAAAGUGGAACCUGAAUAUGAUGACAAUAUGGUGACCUGCAGUCAGAUGGUGUACAACUGUUAUGCCUCAGAAAAACCAAACCAUGCAUCUGGUUUGUCGUCCAACAGUGGGGUUUCAAGCAACUAUAUGAUCUAUGAGGAUAUGCAGUCCCUGGUCACAGUGCUUGAUUCUGAAAUGGGCCAGAGCAUGCGUGUAUACGGAAGCACUUUUCUGUGGUUCAUUCCAUUUGUUCGUUCCAUAAUGGAACUUUCAGAGCUCAAUGCUUCCUAUAUUAGUGAAGUCAUCCACUAUCUUUGUGAUAAGAUACGAGAAAAUCGGCACAUGCUAACCGGACAGACGAUUGUGUACGAUAAAGUGUCCGAGUUAUUCACUCGUAUCCUUAUUCAAAUUGUUGAGCUACACUCUACUGAAGGACGGAUGGGUAUACUUUCUCGCUGUGCCCACAAGUGGGUUGGGGAGAUUGUCUUGUGCAUCAUCCAAUCAGAUGAAACACAUGGACCACCAGACAGGAUGGGUGGGAUUCACGGAGUCAGUUCAACCUCAUACAACCUUGGGAUAGUUCGAAAACUGCCUGCAUCUGGAGGAGGCAUUGGUGCUAUAAUUUCUGACUGCGUGACACUGAUUCGACGGCUACUGAAAGACGGGAAAAGGAGAUCUGUCCCAAGCGCGGCCCACUUUUUGAGUUUGCUGAACAAUCAGUUGCGUGGAGUUACAAACAAACGAUGGGAUUUAACACGUUCUGAAUCUGAUGAGCUUCAGAAGUGUUUGUUAAGAGUUGUCCGGUCAAUGCCAGAAAGAUCUACUUCUUCACCUUCUGUUGUUCCACCACCAUGUGGACCAUCAGUGGAGGCAACUACAAACAAUGUUAUUUCCAGAAAUUCUGUGGCAACCCUAAAUCAGCAACCAUAUGAGCACCAAGAGGCAGGUCCAAGCAGAGCAGGAGAUGAAUCUAGUUUUAUCAAAAAGGAGUCAAUUUGGAAUUAUAAAAAUUGGGACUUGGAUGAGGAUUUCUGCAGCGGUCUUGAGGUUAUCAUAAAGGCUAAGAAGGAAACCCUUGACCCAGUGUCAAUUUCACAACUGAGUCCAGUUGUUCAGUUGGAACGCGUUAAACCAGAUAUAAACCAGUCCUUAAAAUCAGCUAAAGAGGCAUGUGGUUUUGGAGCUGCUGAGGAUGAGGAGGAUGACGAUGAACCCCUUGAUAUCAAACUGGUUCGUCUGACAAAAUCAAUCCACAAUGUUGAAUCUGGCGACUCCGAAGAUAACAAUAAUGCUGUUGAAAAAAUUGGUAACAGGUUCAUGGGUGCUUCAAAGGAAAAUGUGGAGUCUAGUACCAUUGUUAUCUCUGAUGAUGAUUCUGAUAAUGAUGAAAGGCCAAAUGACAUCCUGAGGUCUCCAAAAGUUUGUGUCCUGUCUGAGAGCCCCGGUCGUGAUUAUGAUGAUCUCAGUGAAUCACAGGUCUUUGAGUUUGAGACCCAGCAAUAUGUGGCAUCUGCCUGGGAUGAUUCUGGUUUUGAUGCAUCAGACUUGACAAAGAAGCCCGAAUCAGACCAACUACUCAAACCACAGGUGGAUGAAACUCCUCGUGAAGCAUCUCCAUCAAGUUCAGAGACCGAACUUAUUCCAGAUGAAGACAUUGAGAGGGCUUGUCAGCAAGCAGAAGAUAAGAUCCGAGAACAGCAGCAGCCACAAGAGCCAGUGGAUUCAUUUGCAACUUCACUGUCCAAAGCAUCCAGUACUGCAGAGAGCUGGGAUAAAUUUGCCAAACCAAAACCGGUUAAAAGCACAAAAACAACUCCAUCUGAAAAGAAACAGCCUAAAAAGCCAUUGAUAAUUGAUGCCCUUGCUCAAAAAAGCAGACGCCACUCCUGGAAACGCAGCUCAACAUCUCAGGAUGUAGAGGAACCAUCCUCUUCAACUACUCUAUGCUCACCUUCCUCUUCAUCCUGCAGCUCUGUUUCCUCUCCUUAUUUUUCUGCCCCCAGUUCAAGUAAUACCCCUAAGAUAGUUCCCCCAAAGAAGGUGCGUAAGGUUGCUGAGCCAGAAUCCACAGCAGAGCGUUUGGGAUUAAAAAAGAAGGAGAGGAAAGCAUUUGAUCUUUCUCAACGCUCGCUUGAUGGUGUUGCUAAACUGAGGUGCCAUGGUCAGAAAGUGCAGGUAGAACCACAACAGAAGAAAAGGCGAGUGAAUCGAGCCAAUAAGUCUUCUCCACAGAAUCAUAUCGUAAAAAGCAACAAGAAACUUCUGGGAUCACAAGAUAUUCAGUUUUUCAGGCUUAGUCGUGAGAAGCAGGCAAAUCAGAGGCCAGCAACAGGAGUCAUCACAUCAACAUUAGCUCCCAAACCAGCAGAUAUCAAUCAGCCAGGUGAAAUGCACUUACCGAAACCUACAUUUGCAAGCAGUGAGGCUGGUGAUAUCUUUCCUUGUCCUCAGCCAGAUUCCAGCUUUCAGCGGGAUAAUGAAAAUGCUGCAUCAGGAACCAAUUCUGCAGGAGAUGGGGCUGGAAAUAAUAAGUGUGUAGAACCGGAGUACUUCCAAGCCAGUGAGACUGCUGAUGCCAACAUGGAAAACGAAAAACCUGCUCAGGAGGAUGAUGAAGAAUGGAUGUUCCUCACUCAGAUGGAACCCACCGACAUGGAACUGUGCUCUCAAAUGGAGCAGUUUGAGGAAGAAAAUGGUGAAGAACUCUUUCUUACCCAGAGAGACCCUAUAGACAUGGACAUUGAUACAGGCAGUGAGUCAGAUGCCCCAGGGCCAACCUUGACCCCUAAACCUAUUCAGACUCCUAUUGGUGGAAAUGAUGAUCAUUUGUUUGUGAAGCCUGGCAUGUCACCUAUAUCUCAGAAAAAGGCCAAACCUUCUACCACAAAAAUAUACACCCCCAGCUCCCGCAGUGCCUCGCUUGUCCUUGAAAUGGAAAAAGAAGCCAAGCCUCCUCCUGCUGCGAAUGUUGCUAAAGCGAAGAUUCCCCGACUGCCCCCAGCAGUGCCACCUCCAAAAACAUUUCAACCUCUCCAUCCUCCACAACUCCCAAUGCAACUUCCUUCACGACACGCUCCAUAUGCUCCUGAGUUGGCCACUAGUUCUAGAAGAAGCUCCAACUCAGAGCCACCAUCUUACAAGGUAUACCAAAGACCCGAGGCUCCAGUUUACAAUCCAGGACCCACAGUGGAUCAAAGCCAGACGUUUGACCUUUCAAUCUUGACCCAAGCAAUCCUUAAAUGGGAAUAUAGGAUGCUUGACAAUUACAAAUCAUUUGGGAGUCCACAUGAUCUGUGCCAACUACCGCUGCAGAAAGUGCCAGUUCAGUUUUCUAGCUACUUGGAGUACUUCAACACCUUGUACCCCCUGCUGCUAAUUAAUGCAUUUGAAGAGAUGGCGAGUGAAUGGCUCAAAGAGGGCAGAGUUAAGCUUAACCUAACAUUUCAGGGAAUAGAAUACAGCAAUCGCACAGCUAGUGCCAGCUUCACAGCAAACAUUUCUCAGGAAACUGAUAUGAAACAACUGUACCCAAAAGAAGAUGACCUGGUGCUACUUUGGUUGCCUGACAACACUGGGUCAUAUGCCCAUGAUGAACCAAAUUUCCAUGAAACGCAUCCUCAUUUUGGUUAUGUGUCUCGGUCCAAUGUGUCCAACAGAAGUUCAGGUUCCAGGCCAAUUCUCAACUUGACGAUUCAGACACGUAGUAAUAUAUCUUCAGGGAAUUCCCAACCUGUGCUCUGUGAAGUUAUUGGAUCAUUGAUCAGCAUAUUCCGGGAGUUCCGUGCACUGUGUUUGCUGCGGAAUGGACCAAUGUUGCGACCUCUACUUGCUCCACAUGCAUCUUUUUUCAUGCACACUGUGGACAGCCCACCGGACCUGGAUUUACCAGAGUUCAACAGGGACCAAGCAAGAGCAAUAGCUUGUGGUCUUGCCAUGGUAAAGAGAACAGAGAAGACCCCAAAAUUUCUCCUUAUUCAUGGUCCUCCAGGAACCGGGAAGAGUAAAACAAUUGGUGGCCUGUUGUACAAACUACUAUCUUCGGGUAUUAACAGUGCUGCUCCUUCGGGGAACAUUCAUGCCAAGUCUCGACGGACACGAGUUCUUCUCUGUGCUCCCUCUAAUGCUGCCAUUGACAGUCUGAUGAAGAAGGUCAUUUUGAUAUUUAAAGAGAAAUGCCGAAACAUCAACGCACCUCAAGGUAACUGCGGGGAUAUAAACCUGGUACGAUUGGGAAGUGAAAGAACCAUCUCGAAGUCAUUAAAACCUUUCAGCCUCGACCACCAGACUAAAGCUAGAGCACAGCGAGCUCAGCAAACUGCAGAAGCUGACAUACACAAACGCAAGGAGCAACUGGAACAAAUCAUUGAAAAUCUCUCCCAGCGAUGUGCAAAAGCCAAUAAGGAUUCUUUCGAGUUCAAGACGUUGAUGGAGGAGAAGAUGCAGCGCCUGAAAGAGAGAGAAGGACUGGGUCGGCAGAUUAAAGAGUGUCGCAUGAGGCGACAGGAGAGUCAAGCUGUUGUGCUGCAAAACGCUCAUGUGAUCUGCUGCACGCUCAGCACCAGUGGAAGUAUUGUCCUCGAGAAUGCCUUCCGUCGCCUCGGACAUGAACCAUUCAGCUGCGUCAUCAUUGAUGAGGCUAGUCAGUCUAAAGAAUCUGAGACUCUGAUCCCCAUGCUGUACCGAAGUCCUGCUGUAAUCCUCGUCGGUGAUCCCAACCAGCUUCCACCAACAGUUGUCUCUCAGAAAGCGAAGGAGUUUGGCUUCGACCAGUCUCUUAUGGCAAGGUUAUGCAAAAGUCUUUAUAUGUCAAACCCGCAACUCUCUCCAAUCGUCCUGCUCGGCGUGCAGUACCGCAUGCACCCGGACAUCUGCGAAUUCCCCUCCAAGUACAUCUACAACAGCGCUCUCAAGGACGACUGUGAGACAGCUCAGAAGCGCUGUUCCCUCAGCUGGCCCUUCAAGCCCUACAAAGUGUUCGACGUGACGGAUGGGAUAGAGAAGAAGGAGAGAGAUUCAUUUUCCAAUCACAAAGAAGUCAAGCUGGUCUUGCUGCUGUUGAAGCUGCUGGGUGAGAAGCAGUCAGUGCGAGUGGGCGUCAUCACACCCUACAACGCCCAGAAACAACGCAUACUGGAAGCCAUCAGGGGUUCAGGCAUCGACAACAAGCAUCUUCAGGUUGAAGUCAAUACAGUGGAUGGCUUUCAGGGCAGAGAAAUGGACUGCAUCAUUGUGUCUUGUGUGAGAGCCAGCAGUGAAACAGGCUCCAUUGGGUUUGUUGGAAAUCGGCAGAGAAUGAAUGUAACCAUCACCAGAGCCAAAUUUAGUCUCUUUAUUCUGGGACAUUUACGCACACUCAGGGAACAAAGUGAUUGGGGAGCAUUGAUUGAGGACGCUAGUAUACGUAAAACGAUCAUCAAAACUAUGCAAAAACAAUUUGAAAGAGAUGUCAGGCAGAUUCUUAAACCAGAACGAGAGCCGCCGACCCGCAGUCUCUCUUAUCCCCCAAUUGGGAUACCGAGCACUGUGACCUCACCUGUGACAUAUGCACCUGUGGAAACAGACCCUGCCCCUGCGCCCCACCUUCAACAUGAUACGAGCAGUGCGCCAAUGCCACGGCUAAUACCCUUGGAAUGCCCUAAUAACCCACGGAUGAGCGACAGGCCCACAGACCCACGUUUUGCAGAGCGCCGGCCAAUCAGAGAACAGGGACCAGACAGAGAUGGGCGGGGCUUACCAGAGUCCCGCCGUUCUACAAACAGGGCUAAUUCGUAUGAAGCCGAUUCUAGAAGUACUGGCCAAUCUUCCAGAUACUCUUCAAGACACAGCAGCUCUUCACCAUCAAGACGACACAGGAGAUAAAUGAAUUAUCCCUGUUUUUAUGUCAUUAAAGCUUCACAGCAGUGCAUUAAGGGAGAAAUUUUUCCUUCGUGUCCUCUUCUCCAUGUUUUGAGAACCCACUAUUUACAUGGGUCGUCGUUAAAUGUCUUUUUCUCAGGCAUUGGCUUUACAAUUAGCUUGACAAAUUAGUUUGAUGGCAGUGCUUACUGCUUACCUUAUCUCUUUCUAAGUGCGUUCUGCUGCUAAAUGAACAUUUGAAAAACAAUUUUAUGCAUGAAGAGGGAUGUUUUGUUCCGCACAACAGGUUUUGAGUUUUUGGACCUUGUGCUCAUCUCCAAAAAACUAUAUAUUGACUCAAAAACUGCACUUUCUAAAGCAGUUGGACGUGCUCAGAAAUAACCAUUUUUUGGUGUAUAGUUUGCUGUAUAGUUUGUCACUUAUUUGAAUGUAACACUGAUUGAAAGAGUUUUGCAGGGAUGGAUUUGGUGUGCAUGAAUGCAUUGCCGUUUGUGUUUCACUGGUUGUUUUAUGCUGUCUUUUAACAUUCUGGAUUUCUGGAAACAUACUGGAUUAUUUUUGACUGAGCCGACUGUUAGAAUAGUUUUUUCAGGUAACUUUGAUUAUAGUCACUAUUAGUCUGGAGGAGGAGUUAAAGAAGGUCAAAAACAGAACCAAAGUUAUUGCUUAACAUUUUCAAUUCAGGUAUAAAUUGUCAUGUUGUGUUUGAUUUGUGAAUGAGAGUUAAGUUUGUACAGUUAAAGUAUACAAGCUGUGAGACUGAGAGAUCGACCCACUAUUGUGGCUUUUUCCCUUGAGUUUUAUCUUUUGGUGCCACCAGUUUUACAAAAGUGUAUGAAGAGGACUUUAUUUUGUACAGAUGCACUUUUUGUAGACCGGAAAUUAAAAGAAGUUCCUUUUUUUCUUUUUUUA